GCGGACGGCGGCUUCGGCUUCUCGGGGAGCAGCGAGGCCGCGGCGGCCGUGGAGGGCCAGACGAGGAACUUCGGUGGCGCGUCCGUGUUCGGGCAGGCCCGGCGCCGGCCCGACUGCCCGGAGUGCCACCCCUCCGUCUACAGCUACUGCGGCGACAGACUGCUGCACGACGCCUGCUGCUGCCUCAGGGACUCGCAACCUCUGCCUCCUCAGUGCAACCUGGCCGACUGCUCCUUCCUGCACUCCAAGUCCUGCUACGAGCACAACCUCAUCACUCGGUGCUGCUGCGACCGCCGCCUGUUUUAGGCCAGUCAACGCCGGCCGAAAUAUUUAUGAAAGCAUUUUAAAUUAUUAUUGUGACUUUUGAGAGCUGCUGCGGCGUUGGGAGGCGCGAAAACUAGUGUCGUUGUUUUUAAGCGCAUUUGUCCCUGUUAAAAUGUUCUUCACAUUACUAGUCUCAAAAGUAAAAUAAAAUCGUUAUCUGUUUUAAGUUCAUGUGUGAAUAGCUCGCCCAUUCAUCUGCAUAAGAAAUAAAACAGUUUUCCCAUUAAA